AUGCGUCCAUUCAAGAAAGUUUCUAAGUCCAAACAGAAGCAACAUGGGCUCGCAGAUGAGUCACCUAUUGAGGCUAGCGGUGGCAUUCGUAUUGAUACAAGAACUAGAAGUCAAAAUUGGAGCAACAUUUUGGAUGCACAAUUGUUGGGGCUUAUGAGAGAUGAACAUACAUUUGGUAACUGCGUAAAUGGGUCAUUCACUCCGAUUGCGUGGAAGCGGAUGGUAAAUGAUUUCAACAGUCGAAACAAUAUGAACCUAACAAAGACACAAUUGAAGAAUCGAUUUAAAGUGUUAAAAAAAAUUUUCAAUUUGUACCAUUCUCUUGCCAACAAGAGCGGGUGGGGAUGGAACUCUGACUUGCACAUUCCCACACCUGGUGACGCAAGAAUCUGGGAUUCUGUAAUAGCGGAGAAUCCGGCGUACGCCAGGUGUAGGGAUAAGCCCUUUCCCGCCUACGAUGACAUGGAAUUUCUUACCCAAAAUACAACUGCGACAGGAAGAUAUGCAUUUACAAGUGCUGUGGAGCUUCCCCCUAUAAUUGAAAGCUCCUCUGGGUCAUCCCCUGGUGAGGAUGAUACUAUUGCUGGCAUUGGAAUGUCAGCUUGUAAUCUCUCAUCGGACCCAUUCGAAGCAGGGGGAUCUGGCUCUGGUAGUAAAAGAGCUCGUUCUCCAGAGCGUAGCAAUAAGCAAGCACAAACGGUAUCUACAUCUGGGGGACGAAAAAAGAAAGUAGAUGCCCGGACUUCUGCUUUCCUUGACAUCGCGGAGCAGGGUAAGGAAAAGCUUGGUUGGGUGCGGCAACUAUGUCAGCUAGAGCUGAGCAAGAGCACUGAUAUGCCAUCGCAGAACCAAUGCAUGCAACGAGUGUAUGGGAUGACGGGAUUAAGUAAUGAUGAUAUCUUAGUUCUCUGUGAUGCGUUUAAGAAAGAGAAGAAUCGCAAUGCUUUCAUGUCAUUGAAUGACAAGCAUGCAAGAAAGUGGGUUGAGCGAGAAAUUGCGCAACAAAAUCUUAUCUAUAGGCCGUCAUUUCCUAGGAUUUAG